GUGAGUAUCGACACGAAUGUUCGAUAUAUUCUUUCGGGCGGCACAGGUUACGCAGCAAGUCGGUACAACCCAGCAGCUCAGGAUGAAUCCUCACUUCUGCGAGUACGAUAUCACGCGGCUAUGAGCCUGGUCCACGAAAUGACACACGUCUGGUUCCUGAACACCUUGGCGAUAGAUGAAGACAUAUUUCCAUUUGCCAACGACCAAAGAAUAGGAGAGGAGGGAUACGCGUGUGAGGCCGUCAUCACUAAUGGCGUCACUAUCGGGCCCAUCAGUGCCAAUCCAUCUGUGGACACAAUGCCUUUCGGCAUGAUGGCAGCGCCAUGGCCAGGUGUGCAGAAACAUGACGAUUGGGAUAAAUUUGUCAGUGCCAGUCGUGCGAAGCAGGGGAUUAAUCGAAACGUUCAAUACGCGGUGCCUAUGAAAGUAAGUCAUGCCCAAGCAAGGUGGUGAUGUUGCAAGGUUUCUGACAACCCAAUCAGUUCAUCCGCGAUUUCUUCACAGACGACCUCUGGGACAAUCGAGAGAAGAGGUUCGGCGCUGGAGCAUUGGAGGGCUAUAAAGCGAUCGCAGUACGCCAAAAAUGCAAUUUCUAUCCCGGAGAUUUCAAUAGUUUCGAGAGUCCGACGGUUGAAAAGGUUCGUGAUGAGGACACAGGAUUGAAUAUCGACACGUGGAUGCCGGAUGUUGAAGAAGGUAAGGGAAGAUGUCACGUCGGGUGCCCGAGGAGGGCCCAUGC